CUGGGGAGCUGAAAGGAAAAGCUCAUGACAAACAGACGCCUACCCAUGAUGAUUCCACCAUCUGCAACAACCCCUGUCAGUGAUGCUGCACUCUUACCAAGCGUGGCUUCUCAGGAAAUCUGGAGGUCACAAGUUCCAGGCUAUUCUGGAUCAGUCACGCGGCACAUAAGUCAUCGGGCCAAUAACUUCAAGAGACAUCCGAAAAGGAGAAAACACAUCCGCCCUUCGCCGCCACCACCACCAAAUACUCCAUGUCCUAUUGAUUUGAUUGACUUUGGGGAUCUCCAGCCUCAGAGGUCUUUCCUAGAACUCCUGUUUAAUGGGUGCAUUCUCUUUGGGCUCGAGUUCAGCUAUGCCAUGGAAACAGCCUAUGUUACCCCUGUGCUGCUUCAGAUGGGGCUUCCAGACCAACUGUAUGGAAUGGUGUGGUUCAUCAGCCCUAUAUUAGGGUUCUUGCUACAGCCUUUGCUGGGGGCCUGGAGUGACAGAUGCACAUCAAGAUUUGGGAGGAGAAGACCUUUCAUUCUGGUCUUAGCAGUAGGAGCAUUGCUUGGGCUCUCACUUAUGCUGAAUGGCAAAGAUAUAGGGAGUGCCUUGUCUGACGCUGCAAAUAACCACAAAUGGGGGAUCAUUCUUACGGUCUGUGGUGUUGUCCUCAUGGACUUCAGCGCAGAUUCAGCAGACAAUCCCAGUCAUGCCUACAUGAUGGAUGUAUGCAGCCCAGUGGAUCAAGACAGGGGCCUCAACAUCCACGCUUUGUUAGCAGGUCUUGGAGGUGGCUUUGGUUAUGUUGUUGGAGGAAUACACUGGGAUAAAACCAGUUUUGGAAAAGCUGUGGGAGGGCAGCUUCGCGUCAUCUAUGUCUUCACCUCAGUUAUACUGACUGUCACUACUGUGCUGACUCUAAUUAGCAUUCCAGAAAGACCCUUAAGGUCCUUUAGCAGGAAGAAAAAGGUGAUGAAGAGUCCAAGUCUUCCUCUCCCUCCUUCUCCACCUCUCUUCUUUGAGGAGGGUGUAAAUGAAAACUUUGCUUCUCAUAACUCAGCUCGCUUAUAUGCAAGUUUUACGAGUCCUGUUUCCCCUCUGAGCCCACUCACACCCAAAUAUGGCAGUUUUGUCAGCAGAGACAAUUCCUUGAUGGGAAUUAAUGAGUUUGCAUCAUCAUUUGGGACUUCUAAUAUUGACAGUGUGCUUAUAGACUGUUUUACAGGCGGGCACAAUAGUUAUUUAGCACUUCCAGCUAGCUUGCCCAGGCAGCCUGUCAGUGUCAGCUUUCCUCGGGUGCCUGAUGGCUGUUACCAAGGAGAAAAUGGAGUUCUGGAGCAAGGGGAAAGCAGCAUAAUGCCAGGGCCUGAUGGCGAGGCGCUAAGGGUGGGCUCACUGGAUGCGAUAAAGCCACAGUCGUCGGGGAUCCUGAAAAGACCUCAGACCUUGGCCAUUCCAGAUAUCGUAACAGGACACUGUCCAGAAAAUAGCAGAAGAAGAAAUGUAACCUUCAGCCAACAGGUUGCUAAUAUCUUGCUGAAUGGUGUUAAGUAUGAGAGCGAGCUGAAUGGAUCAGGCGAGACCUCUGAGCAACCACUCUCCAUGAAGCUCCUUUGUUCGACCGUCUGCCAGAUGCCCAAGGCUCUUCGUAACCUCUGCAUCAACCACUUCCUAGGAUGGCUUUCAUUUGAGGGGAUGUUACUCUUCUAUACCGACUUCAUGGGAGAGGUAGUGUUUCAAGGGAAUCCAAAAGCACCUCACAACUCAGAUGAGUAUCAGAAGUACAACGCUGGGGUCACCAUGGGCUGCUGGGGAAUGUGCAUCUAUGCAUUCAGUGCUGCCUUCUAUUCAGCCGCGCUGGAGAAGCUGGAGGAGCGGUUCAGCACACGGACGCUGUACUUUGUGGCAUAUUUGGCCUUCGGGCUGGGCACAGGGCUGGCCACGCUCUCCAGAAACAUCUAUGUGGUGCUGUCACUGUGUGCUACCUACGGCAUCCUCUUCGCCACGCUCUGCACGCUGCCCUACUCCCUGCUCUGCGACUACUACCAGAGCCGUGAGUUUGUAGGCUCGCAGGCGGAGGGCACGCGGCGCGGGAUGGGCGUUGACAUCUCCCUGCUGAGCUGCCAGUACUUCCUGGCACAGAUCCUUGUGGCCCUGGCCAUGGGGCCGCUGACGGCAGCUGUGGGCAGCGCCAGCGGUGCCAUGUACUUCGCCAGCCUGGUGUCCUUCCUGGGCUGUCUCUUCUCCUCCCUCUGUGUCACCUACGAGUCGCCGGCCACCGAGGAGCUGCCACCCACUGAGGAGCAGCGCCCGCUCUUGCCCCGUGCACGGAAUGAAUAAAUGGGAGAAGCCGCCACAGCCUCCGCUGCCUCAUUGCGUCGCCCUCGGCCUCCCCAUCAUGGCGUGGUGGGCUCAUGCACCCCAGGGACGGCAGCAGUGGGCAUGGCAAAUGGUGAGAAGGUCUGCACUGGCUUCGCUGAGCUUUCCCCUGCCCGUGGGAGAGUGAGGGUAUCAUAUCUGCAGGAAUACCUGUGACGUGCUAUUUCCUUGAUUAUGGGACAGCUGUCUCCAAGAAUGUUCAGGAUGAAGAUGGAACAAAAUAGCAUGAGAAACUGUACAUUUGGCGCUUCUGAUUUCUGACAAUCUAAAGACUUGACUUUGGAGAAUUUUUCUUUUCUUGUUGGCCCACUGUGUAACCUUAAUUUCCUUCCUUUCCUUUUCAAACUUUUAAAGUAAAAAAUGUGGGGUUUUUUUUGGUCCUACUAGCUAAUGCGGUACUAGUUCUUAAAAUGUUUUCUCCUCUUAAGUUUUGUAGCCAGCAUUAUUGCACUAAAUGGAUCAUGAGCACUUUCCUUUUCUAAGUAGCUGGAGUUGCAGAUCAUUUUGUUGCAAGUGAGGAUCUUCAAAAGACUCAUAGAAUUGAUGAAAUCAAUGUAUUUGAUGGUAAUGUUUGUUCCUGCUUCCAUCUGUAAAUAAUUUUAUGAAAUACAUUUAUAUAGUUAUAAAACUAUUGCUAUGCCUGUAUGCAUUGCCUAAUAGAAUAUAUAUUACAUUUUCUAUUUUAUGGGAUAUGAACUUUAUUUUGCAUAUGUAUUUAUGUAGUGUUUACACACAUAGUACUUUUAAGUCAACAUCGAUGUAUGUUAAUUUGGGGCUUAGAGCAAUAUUGUGGUGUCUGGAAAAAACCCAGAGCCUGCCACCAUCAUGCAGAGUUGGAAGUCACACCAAAUCCAUAGAAAUAACUUAAAAAAGAGGCAUUGCUUACUUGCUUAUUCUCUUCCUUUGUCAUACAUUCUGUGUUUUACAGAAAUUACUGUAUGUGGUUACUAUUGAACUGUGAGCUGCAAAGUGAUGUUUACCUUUUGGAAUCAAAAUGCUUCAAAUAUUGUGUCUAAAUCUGCAAGCUGCUGUUUAGAAGUAAGAUGCAUGAGUUUAGGCAGGAAAGUGAUUUUAUGCCGUGCUGUAGUUUAAUCUCUUCAGCAGUGCCUAAAGGUUAACUUUGAUUAAGUCCUUAUCAUUAAAGGUUGCUUCAUGGCAA